AUGGUCCUGUCAAACCCCGAGAAGACGAUCCGCAAAAUUGACAUCGCUCAGGUGUCCCUCAACCUCCAAGACCGUCUCGGCCUUGCCAAAGUCAAGUACCAGAAUGGCCGUCUUCCUUCUCGCCACAACGGGGGACUGCACAUCUCCCUAGGAAGCAGUGACAAACCCUCCGAUUCCUCUUCCGAUGUCUCCAACAGCCACUGCGAGACACCUUUGACUUCGCCGCUGCGAGCCUCGUCCUAUUCAAAGGAGCUUCCCCGGUCUUCCAGAAACAGACAUGCCGCAACCUUCAACUCGCGGGUGAUGCAGCCCAUGCUCUCUGCCAGCCGAAAACGCCUCCGAUCCGACUCGGUUGCGGACCGUCCCGCAAAGGUUUCUCGGGUGUCGUGGAAGAGUUCAUACCAAUUGCCGGAGUCGUCCCCUGGCUUCCGCCGUCAUGGCAGCCGACAAAACCUCCCACACAUCGCGGAAACCGCUCCCAUUCCGGAGCUUUCUUCGCCAGGAUACCAUGCGCAGUCGGAUGAUGAUAAUGACCCAGAUCUUCCUGUGCACAGCUUCCAAGUCAGCUCGGUUGUGGGCUCCUCGCCUCCUCGAACCCCUCCGCCGAAGCAUGCCUCACUAUCACGGAACGACCGCAACCUACGCCACGAGGAUGGAGCAGACCUACUCUUGUACCUAGCCAACUCUCCAACCCCGGCCAGAGUUGCAAACAAGCCCCAACCGCAGGAAUUUCCUCCCUCGACUCCCCCUAGCCAACAUGCUGCCCUUCCAUCCUUGACUCCGACUCCAGGUGGAGGAGUGUUUCCCAAUUUCGGCACCCCCAAUCAGCAGUUCAAUUUUGCGGACUUUGUCAACGUCACUCCGAGCCCCGCUCAGCCUGCUUGGGGUGGCCGGACUCCAGGCGGCCUCGGACGAACACCUCUAGCAAGCAAAGAUGUUCGAAGACGGUCCAACCUCGACAACCUUUUGCCGCCGGGGAUGGGUAGUCCUAGGGUACGCGAGAAAGGACGGGGUUCCGUCUUGCAAUUGGGUGGCGAGCUACGGCCUUAA